CCUUCAUCUCUCAAACAGCCAGAACUUGCCGACCCUCCAUCUGCUCUCAACCCAGCAACACCUUACCCAGAGUGAUCAGUCUAUCCAGUUUGUCUUUUAUCCAGUUCGGGACCACCUUGUGGAUUAGCCAUACCUAGACAAAAUAAGAUUCCUUACUACAGUAAACCCAUGUGGGUGGUGGAGAAGAUUCGCUUGUCAGUAGAGAGAACUAAUCUGCCCAUUCCAUCAGCAGAACUCAGCUUUAGAAUUGGUGAUAUCAUGUUAGGAGAAAAAUCUGACAAAUCCAAAAGGAUUUCUCUCUGUCCAAAUAUAAUCACCCCUGAUAACAUCCCAGAGUUCUGCAUCCCACCAACAAUCCUAACCCUGCAGGAGAUGAAGAAUCCAGAGCAGAGAGCAACAGCUUGCACUAUCAAAGCCAGUCCUGAACCAGAAGUGACAUUUCAUGAGCCGCUCAAUCCGCACAUUAUUCAGGUGGAAAGUGUGGAUGAGAGCCCGUGUGAUGGCUGCAGUGAUGAGGAGACUACCAACGCGGAUCCCCAAAGCCAGGCUGCCUUGUCUCUUCCUCAUUUGGCCAAAGCCCAGACCAGUUAUGGCUUCUGCACUUUAUUAGAGAGCCCGCACACUAGGAGAAAGGAGUCCAUUUUCCAUUCUGAUCCGGGCUCUUCUCCCCUGUUGCUGCCGAGGAGCCGAUCAAGUAUGUGUACCAAAAUUUCCCCUUGCAGCUCACCUUCUUCCUCACCCUCUUCAUUCAGCCUUAACACUCUGACCUCCAAGCUUUCCCCGAGAGGCUACACCCUCAACUGGCAGGCCCCUCUGGACAGCGAUACGACUUCCUCCACUGAGUCCUCUCCUUUCAGCUCCCCGCUGCUGAACAGGUACCCUGCCAAGUCCUCGCUUUUUAAAGCAUUGAGCCAUGAACUGCUGUUGUCAAGGAACAUGAGGAAGGCAAUGGUGUCUAGGAACAAUUCCCUAUCCACAGAUGAGGGCAGUUCCACUGACAACAGCCCAAAUAUCAUGAGGAGAGCAUCGGAGGGGUUAGCGGAAGGCCUGCCAAGUAGCUACAGCCUGGCGCCACCCAACAUCUUCCCCAUGGACUUAACCCUGCACAAAGAGAGGAUACUAAUGAAGGAGAGGAUAGUGCCCAUAGGAAAAGAUGGCAAUCUGAGACUGUCUGCGGAGUACUGUCCAGAUAAUCAAAGACUACGGGUUCAACUUAUCAGUGCAGAGGGCCUUUAUCCUCUUUCUGUAGACCCCAAGCUUAUCAACUGCAGCGUUAGCCUGUCUCUGGUCCCUGGAAAGGUCCAGAAGCAACGCAGCACAGUCAUCAGAAAGAGUCGAAACCCCAUCUUCAAUGAGGAUUUCUUCUUUGACAGCAUUUCAGAGGAAGACCUCAACCAGAGAUCGCUUCGCUUUAAAGUGGUGAAUAAAAUGUCCACCUUGAAAAGAGACUAUCUCCUUGGAGAUUGUGAUUUGCUUCUGUCAAGCAUUGUUUCAUCAUAAACCUAAAUGUACUCAAUAUUAGUUUGCUAUGUUCUUGUAUAUUUAUUUUCAUUUUU